CGAGUGCCCAGAUGCGGUAGCCCCUCCCCUGCCCUGCCCUGCAACCGCCCUGCACUGCCUGCCAACCUUAUGCAGAUCUCGCGAUUCCAUGAGGCAGGUACGACCCUGGCGCCUGAACGAAGCACUUUUAGGCACGAAGAAGGGGUUACCUAAAUACGUACCUACGUACCCAACCCGGUCACCGAAACAUCGCAGCCGUCUGUUCAACCACUCAUGCCCCUGGCUCUCGCCCAAUGCAGCCCUGGCACCGUAAAGGCCAUACCUGUUCCUUCGAGGCCUUCGUCUUUCAUCAUGGAGGCAAGUGAUGCCACAGCACCGCCGCCUACGGACAACCGGGAUCAUCGCCGCCAUUCGCGACCUGAGACGGCGCUUGCCUUGGCCCGUUUCUUCACCUCUGCGCGACUCAUGCACACGGUGCACCGUGCUGCAAGCCAGCCAUCCAGCCUCACGCCUUUGACGUCCUGCCCGUGGCUGCUGUCCCAUGCGCAGGCCACACGACCCCCUGUUGACUUCGUUUCUAGCGGCAUAUUCGCCUCCCGGGAACUACUCCAUGUCGUCUUCAGAUGGCCAGCAUUCGAGCCGGUGAUCAACCUGUGCAGGGUUGUUUCGGAGCCUCCACCUGUGGCGCUCCCUGAGCAAAGCGACAACAACGCGACAAUCAUGUGUGCCUGGAACGAUACACGAUAUCCACAUCGGUGCAAUCGACUCGGAACAGCCCUCCAGUUCUGCACGGAGUGGGGUUCUCGGCACGCUGCCAACGGCUGGCAUACGUAUCCACCAGAUUUUGCACAUGCUCCUCUGUACUACUUCAAACGGCACGACGUCCCCACGCGGAAAGGACAUGACCCAUGACACAAGAUUCCUUACGCCGCGAUCGUGCUUCGUUCCCUGCUUGUACAAAUGGACACAAGUCUCGCUCAGGCCAGUGAUGUGGAGCGUUUCUGGUUUCUGGACGUCGUGCGGAGCCCAUUCCGCAUCCACACUGUCGAUGGGAUGAUCACCUCCCGAGACUAUCGCCCCAAAAAGGUCUCUAGUCUGCUCUCUACGCGUAUCAGAAGUCCCGUUCACUUGUCAACAUCGCGCGAUUCGCAAGCCGGGGUUUGCAUUCGCCUUGCCUGUCGUCGUCGAGCGGCAUCACCCAACCACGUGAUGAUCUUGCUGCAGUGUCAUAUCGGUGUAUGGAUGAGAUCUGCUAAUCUCAGCCGCUAACAGUGGCAUUUGAAACGCGCUCUGGAGAUCUCUACGCGUGCUGGGGUAUGCGUCGCCGUGAACGUCUCCGAGGAGUGAAUGAACAACGGAACAGGAAGAUAUACAACAGCUCGAAAGCCGCAAGCCCUUCGCGGAGAGAAGACGACGGUCCCAACGACCCGCAAGCCUGCGAACUCAGUCAUGCACACCGUGACGACUCAGUCACGGUCGUCCAGCCGCGGUCAUCAGCCACAAAGCCCAAAAACCGUCUGGGACAAUUUUACCGACGGUCGCAUCUGGCGGCUUGGGAGCCCUGCACGACGUGGGGUACUAGGACAAGACAUCGAUCAGCCCAGGCAUCCUAG